GGGGAUGAACGACGGGCGCUGUUUGACGCUGUUACCUGGUGUUACGUGUCGCAGAAGCACUAACCGGUCAGUCAGUGUACCGUCUCGUUCCUGCCCUUGAACAACGUCUGCUGUUCGACAGUGUCCGCGCCUACCUGCGCCCUAGAAACUGCACGCGUCAACUGACAGAUCAAGAAAUAUAAGUCAUGUCGAGUCCGUCAUUGAAAGACCUGCCCAAAGUAGCUCUAGACCUGAAAAGCGAAUUAGAAGGUUUCAAUCAUGGCUGCAUGAAGAAAGCCGCUACUGCCGAGAAGAACGUUUUACCCUCCGCCGAAGACGUGCGACAGGAGCGGCAACAUUCUGAGUUGAUACAUGGUGUGGAAACCUUUAAGGCAGAUCAAUUGAAGCACGCAGACACGAAAGAGAAGAUUGUGUUGCCUAACGCCAAAGACGUUGCAGCGGAGAAAACCCAGCAAACGUUGAUCGCCGGUAUCGAAAAGUUUGACACCGCAAGUCUGAAGCACACCGAGACGCAGGAGAAGAAUCCGUUACCCGAUAAAGAUGCGAUUCAGCAAGAAAAGGGGAAGCAACAAUUAAUCUCCGGUAUCGAAAAUUUUGAUCCAGCGAAAUUGAAACAUGCGGAAACCCUCGAGAAAAAUCCUCUGCCCACCAAAGAAGCGAUCGAUGCCGAAAAGAUAGCUGCUUAAAGAAGCUGCUACACGAAAACGAA